CUUAGAGGGAAGUCGCCCUUUCUUCUCUUAUCAUCCCAAUCGACUCAUCUUCAAUCCAUCAAUCUACCGGCCCGCCAUGUCCUCACAAGACGAAAGCGUAGCCGCUCAAGCCCAACAGACGGCCGCAUCCACCGCUCAAAAGGUGGCUGACACCGCCGACGCAGCCGCUGGUAGCGCAAUCAAUGCUGCAUCGGACGCUGCUCAGGGGGCGAGCGAAGCAGCCGCUUCUGCUGGCAGCACCGUAGCAGCCAAAGCCGCCACCGCCCUAGGCUCUACAGCAGAGCAGGCCAAUCAUGGCGUCGCUGCAGAGACGGACCACUCUGCCGUACCCAAGGCUGAUGAGAAAGAUGUGCCUCAGCGCGUCCUUGACCAUCCGCAGUUGGGAGACGCACCUAAGGUUGCAGAGGGGGACGAGGUGCGACCUGUUGAGCCUGAGAUUCAAGAUCUCGGCUGGAGCGAGGAUCCUCAUGUUCCCCAGCCAGUCAUUCACGGCAUGACCAAUGAAGAUGUCUGGGUACUGGUACGCCGCUUCAACAAGCAGACCUUCCACAUCAAGGCAGUAGACGAAGAGCCCCACGGCCAACUUGACAUGAACAUUGCGGACAAGGACGAGUUUUUCCCCGACAAGCUACGCUCGACACUGGAGCGAUGCUACACCACUGUAGGGAUCAGCAUGGUCGCUUUGCUCACGCAUGUCGCCCGCCUACGCUCAUGGAAAGAGCUGCGCCGCACCACCCUCUUCGCGGUCAUCUACCUCGUCGCUUGGAUCUUCAACUACCUCAUUCCAACCUUCUCUGCCCUUUUGCUCGUCCUCCUCAUUUCGCCUCGAGCACGUCGAAUCCUUUUCCCUCCCGCACCACUGGCCGCCAUCUCCAAGAAGGGAACGGCGCAAGUACCCAAGGCGGGCCAUCUAGGAAGCGCGGACUCUGCGACUGGGGCAGCUGAGUCGUACAAGGGAGAAGCCGUUGAGCAAGAGGCAAGCAACCUCGUCAACUCCAUCUCUACCGUGGCUGUCUCCACUGCAAUUGGCAAGGGCGCACCGUCGAGCACCGAGCCACACCCAGACGAUGCUGCCGCAGCCGCUGCGGGGGACAAGAGCCAGGCCGAAGCCAAGCAGCUGGAAGACGCGAUUCCCGAUCCAACGAAUGUGGCAACCGCUGGUGCCCAAGCGAAGACCAAGGCGUCCGGGGACAAGAAGCUGGAAGUUGGAGACCACACGGCCGCUGCCGUUGAUCAGGGCGUCUGGGCUAAGCUUCACCCUCUCCUGCACGCUCUCGAGGAUCUCUGUGAUACCUGGGAGCGCUUCGCCAAUGCCCUCUCCCCUACUCCUCCCUUCCAUCAACACAGGCCGCGUCUCUUCCUUGCGUCUGCGCUCGUCUUGCCCCUUUUCCUAGCUUCGCUGUUUAUUACAGUGGACAUGGUAUACAAGGGCACAGGGUUUGGCGUCGGGUUCGGCUUCUUCGGUCAGCCUCUCUUCGACCGCCUCAAGGUAUCCGACGUCAAGCAGUGGCUCGACACGCACUACCCCAACUGGCCGCAGAUGCUCGAACUCCGCAACUCGAUCCUCAAGGGCGUCCCGACCAAUGCUCAGCUCACCGUCACGCUCAUGCGCAUAGCAGAGGCGGCUAAGUCCCCCCUCCCGCCUCCGCCACCAGCUGUUGCGGCGCCCAAGCCAGAUGCGGCUCAAGGGCACGAGAUGGUCGGAGAGCUCCCGCCCGAGUACCAGGAAGAGAUGAAGGAGGCCGCCGCCGAGGGACGCGAAGAUGCCCAGUCUGGCUCUCUAUCCCACGACGAUCAGGAUGAUGACUCGAGCGCGAAGAAGAAGAAAAAGCAUGGCUCCAAGAUCAUCGGCUUCUUCAAAGGGACCGCCUUCGCUGGCAGUGCAACCGUUCUUGGCGCUAACCGUGCUAAGGCCUCAGCGGGCUCUUCUCAUUCGAAGAAUCGCGUAGGCGUUGUCAAGAAGCACCUGCAACAGGAGGCUCGCGGAGAUGGUCCCUCCAGCUUCCGCGGUCGCUACAGGGGUAAGCGAGGCUACGUCGAUGUCAUCACGACGGCGGCUACCCCUUCGUUGUCCUUCGAGCCCGAGUGGGGUGCACACGCCAAGGCGGCUCAAGCAGCCCUAGACGCCGCGGACUCCACUGCCUCUGGUAGGGAUGUCCUUGAGCGUGCACUGGAAGCUGCUCGCCCCAAGGCCCUCUUCUCGAUCCAGGUCGACUCGAUUCGUGAGAUUCGUAAGAUCGGCGGGCUAGGCUGGAAAGCCAAGCUGGUGGUCGGGUGGGCGAUGGAUAGCGAGGUGGCUGAUGGGAUUGAGAUCACGACUGAUGAGGGGGAGCGAUUCAAGAUGACUGCUAUGCCGCGCAGGGAUGAGGUCUUCAACAGGCUGGCUAGUUUGGGGAAGCAGAAGUGGGAGAUCUGGUAGUCGGGCUUAGUGCGCGACUGUCAGACAGUCUGUUAUUCAAUGACGUGGAGAGCUUUUCAUUUGUAUACUGGGCCGCGGUAUUACCUCUUUUUCAAUGCAGCAAAUCGUGCCUCGAGAUCGUCGUAGUCCUUCUGCUCCUUACUUGCCCCCGACGGUACCUCCUUCUUUGUACCUAACGUUUUGUUCGCCAUACUGCUAUCUGCGGCCUCCU